AAAAGGAUAAUGAAAAAAUGGUACAGUCCGGCAAGGUCUCAGCAACUUUACAUAUUUAUAGGGGAUCUGUCUUAAUGUCCUGCAUUUAUAACAAGAAGUAGCGUGAACACAACAAUGUUUCGUUUAGGUUUUAUUGUAUUGGUAGCAUUGUUCUUGGGUAAUGUUGCUGCUGAAGAGGUAAAUCCGUUCGAAGAGGAUAUUCAACAUUUACUGGAAAUGAGAAAAAUUUGCGAAGAGAAAUUCCCUGUUUCAAAAGAGACCGUUGAAAGUUUAAAGCAAGGAAUAUAUCCGUCUGAAGCCGAUGACCCGAAUGUUUGCGAGAACGUCUUAUGCGUGAUAAAGGGCCGUGGAUUUGUUGACGAAGAUGGAAAUGUAAUGCAAAAGAACUUUCCCGAAAAAAUGUGGAACGCUAUGCCUGAAAACUGUAAGGAGAACAGAGGAUCCGAUAUAUGUGAAAAGGUUAAAAACUUUUACCAAUGUCUAUUUGCCGUUUUCCACGGCAAUGGGCACAAAUGAAUGCCGACACUUGACCAGGCUGGAUUAUCACGUUCUGUUAAAUCAAUUAUAAUAAAAACUAUCACUUUAUCUACCUAUAAAUAAUAAACGCUCAUGUUGUAAUAGAA